AGUGCGCGUUCCGCAACGCAGAGGGAAGGAACGCGCUCCGGGGACGCGGCGUGGAUUGUGGACCAUCUGCGAGACUGACGCUGUUCGUGGACACGAGACGAUCCGUGGACUGUAACAUGACUCAAUAUUAAGGGCGGCGGUGGUGCCGCGUGCGCACUUUGCUCUGCGGGCGGCUCGUGCUCCUUCCUUCGCUUCGGACCUGUGACCGUCCUUCGGAAGCGCGUCUUCGGACCGGAGCCGAGCUCCUGCUGCGCUGGAUGAUUUAUCGCGUCGUUGAGUGAUUGAUUGUGAGGGACAUGCGCGUCCCCGGGUUUGGCGCGCGGACGCGGAGCUUUGCCCCCCGGUACCGAAGGCGAUCCCCGCUCCAGUGAGACGGUUCCCUCGCGCCGCCGCUUUCGUCCCGUUUUACUCUUCCUGUUGCAAUUUGGCACGAGCGUCGUCGGCACUUUUCUUCUCAACGCCGUGGUCGAAAGGCGAGGCGCCCCGAUAAGACCUUCUCCAGCAGCAGCAGAACCAUCUCAUCAUCUGCCACACAUCCAGUCGUUCCCAGGGAAAUACACCCAGCUCUGAAAAUGGGGAACAGCUUUUCCAACAUCUCUGCCUUCCAAUCCCUCCACAUCGUCAUGCUAGGUUUGGACUCUGCAGGUAAAACCACGGUUCUUUACCGCCUCAAGUUCAACGAGUUUGUGAACACGGUGCCCACCAUCGGCUUCAACACGGAGCGCAUCCGCCUGAGCAACGGCACGGCCAAGGGCAUCAGCUGCCACUUCUGGGACGUGGGGGGACAGGAGAAGCUGAGACCCCUGUGGAAGUCCUACAGCCGCUGCACGGACGGCAUCAUCUACGUGGUGGACUCGGUGGACGUGGAGCGUCUGGAGGAGGCCAAGACUGAGCUGCACAAGGUCACCAAGUUUGCAGAGAACCAGGGGACCCCACUGCUGGUGAUCGCCAACAAGCAGGACUUGCCCAGGUCCCUCCCGGUGGCUGACAUCGAGAAGCAGCUGGCCCUGCACGAGCUCAGUCCAUCCACCACGUACCACGUCCAGCCGGCCUGCGCCAUCAUCGGAGAGGGCCUCCACGAGGGCAUGGACAAGCUCUACGAGAUGAUCCUCAAACGGAGGAAGUCCCUCAAGCAGAAGAAGAAGCGAUAGCGACCAGCUGCGAUUUGCAUAUUUUAAAACGGGGAAAAAAAGGACAGUUAGGGCUGGUGUCCCUAAAUGACACUGCAAUGGACGCCACGUGAAUGGAGACGCUGAAACGGGUCUUUCUCAAUCUUCUUGGGGAAGAAAACCCCAACUGGUGCAGUGGGUAGAACAGUGUUUAGGGCUGUUGCCUUGUAAUCUGAAGGCUUUGAAUCAAUGGGUCAAUCAUGGUACAUCACCGUGAUCAAAGGUGUCAAGUAAUAACUUGGAUUUAUGUUUGAUGGCAAGUUUGAACACUGGCUGGUUCCAGUUGCUGCUGCUGCUGCUCUUCUAUGGACUCUGGACACUUGAUAUGGACUUAAAGCACUGUGAUGACUGGACCUGCUGCUGGUCCACUCAAAGUUCUACUGGAACGAGUUCUAUUGUAAAGACGAGGACUUUUGGCGCGAUGAGGAUGUACAGUAGGCACAGUGGAGGUGACUUUCUCCAUCAGAGGCUUCUUUCUCUGGACGUGAGACUGGUGACAUGAUACUGGACUUCUUUCACCUCGGUAAUGAAGUGAUGGACCUUAAUAUUGAAGUAUGACUAUGACACCCCCCGGUUAAUGGCAGUUGGACACAAUUUUGCCCCCCCCCCCUUUUUUUUUUUUAUAGUGAAAUGCAUCGGUACUACACUGUAUAGCUGAGCAAGACUGUUCAUGUACAGAAAAAGCAGGAGAGCUGUAAUAUUUUUGAUUAAAAACAGUUGAAGACAUUUUU